AUGAGUGACAACUCCGACGACGAAGGGUACAUUACCCUCAACACACCUCCUCCCUCCCCUACCGCUGUCAUCAGACUGGGAAAUGUCGCCAACAGCUCCAAAACCGUGUCCAUCUCCCAAAGUCCUCAACCAGACCUGACAACUCCGACACGAAAACGGCGUCCUCUUGAGGACCGACCUCGGAUGAGAUCUACCGCAAAGUUGAUACCACCCCCAAUUGCGCCUGAUGAUGACCUUGAGGUGGCAUGGGAUACCGCUGCAGACGAGUUGGCCGUGGGUAGUGAACCGGUCUGGAACAGUCCCGUGCGACCACAAGCGGCAAGGGAAGAAUUUAGGGAAGAGCAAGAUUGGGGCGAAGUCGGCGCUGCAUCUGAUGGUUACGCUGCAUUUUGUGAAGCCAUUCUCGAAGACGGUGGGGCCUUCUACCAGAUUUCGGAGGAGUUAUUCGUUGUACAUGGAUGGGAUGCUCAUGCUUGGACACUGAAGGUGAGGGAAGAUUGUGAGCUGUAUGCAAAGGUUGCUGACAAGCGUGUGAAGACAUCCUGGCAUCACCUUCAGCGGUCCAUCAUUGGUGCCAAUGCCGUCACAGUCUGCCUAUGCCCUACAGCUCGCACAAGUCUUGAACAUGUCUGCGUGCAUACUCGGUUCCUCGAUGACCACGGAGAUGAACACUUUCCUGUCAAUGUCCAAGGCAAUGGCGUAGGACUCGAUUCUAUCAACGCUGUUCUAUUCCUACGCCAAGAGCUUGAAGACAACGAUUCCCUCAAUGUUUUCUCUUGUCCCUCACACAAUUCGCGCUCACUGAACGGACGUGUCUUUGUUGAAUACACCGGGGAUGAUUCGGGCUCGGGCAAAUGGAUCUGCUCGAAAGAUCGUGGGAUGGCCAGUUGUUUCCACACUGGACAUUGUCGGAACUUGCUUCAGCAGCUGCUUUCUGCGGACCCGGAUGCACAAGACGAGGACACACAGCAUGAUCCCUCCAAUAGGCUUGACUAUGCUGUUGUUUAUGGUCGACGGCAGAUCCAAGUCUCGCACUCGGUCUCUUGCCUCCCAGUGCUCCCUCCAUCCUGGGCUUCUCUGGAUGCCGAUCCCAAGCUUCCAGGUCCGUUCCCAACCUCGGAGACCUUGAGAGCAGCCUGGUUCCUGUACGCGGAUCUGCAGCAUCUCGACGGUAGCAUGCAAUGCCCUCGUUGCGGACCGUGCCCGGAGACAACCAUCUGGGAUGGAGUGACUCUCGCGUUCAACAAGAAACAUGUCCUGCUGACACUCGAGCCACCAACAGUAUCCGAGACAGGGUCGUAUGAACGCUCGUCGACACGAUAUGUUCCCAGUCAGCAGAUCAUCUUAAAUCAGAAACUGCGACGGCAGUUGCGUCUCGUCCUGACAGGGAAGCCCUUGAUCAAGAAGGAGCUGGACAAGCUUGUAGCUGCAUUGAACACUGCGGAAACAGCAGCCGGCUCAGACUCGGAGGAAGAUGAUGAUGAUCAGGCGGAUGACGCAACACCGGAAGAGCUGCUCAAUCCCCGAGGGAAAAAUGCGUUGGAAAAAGCACGCAAGUCGUUCCUGGAUUGGGUCGAUACCAUUCCGGCAGUUGUACGAGGCCUGUCGCAUCUCAACGAGGCCCUUGGUGCUAUUUUUGAUCAGCAAUUUGGGCUUGCUGCCGAGGAAUCGAUUUUACAGCUGGCUACCCGUCCUGCGCUAGCUGCUUUGGAAUGCUUCGUCAGCAAUCCCACAAGAACAACAAGUUCAGCACUCACAGACAUCCCGGUCAUUCACGAGCUUCUCAAGUAUGAGACAGGUGUUCUCGGCGCUCCCGCUCCUAAUACCAUCCACGUCUGUGAAUGGAUCCUCUGCAGAGCGCGUAUCACAUUUGCAUCCCCGCUUCGAGAGCCGCAUCAACUCCCGGACUUGGAUGGACAAGAGAGAGAGAAGCGUUGGCAGGAGGAAGUCCCAAUUUAUCUGUUCUAUGCCGCCCAUUCUGACAUCACUCUAGACAGGUUGUCAUUACAGCUUGCCGAAAAUCCGCGCUCGUCCUCGAUAUCCAAAACUCAAGCAUGA